AUGAACGAUCUGAUACACGAAACAGUGGAUGUCAACUUAUAUGUUUAUACUAUUCAAUUGCUAACGUCAGAUAAUAAUGUUAACAGCAUUAAUGCGUAUUUUCAAUUGUUAACCGCAAAGGUGUUGUCGCCAAACUUUGAUUGCUUAAAGAUCACAACCAAAGCAAACAUAUUGAACGCACUAUUGAUCUACACUUACCCGUUAAAUAUACCAUUACAAGACAUCACAAAUCUAGCAAGAUUGAUAAUUUAUUCUAAACAGAUUGAGAAUGAAUCGAAAGAUGAAGAUUAUUUUGACCUUGAGGAGUUUUCCCUAAGUUUGAAGCCAACCAUAUCAAAUACCGUUUCAUUAAGAGCAACUGCAAACGAGUUACUAGUUGAUACCAAUAUAAAGUGUCAAUCACUAGGUAAAUUGGACUUUGAUGCGACUUCUGACGAUGAUGAGUUAUUCUUGUCAUUUAUUCGUGCCAAAUCAUUUCAUUUGUCGCAGUUUUACCAAGAUGUAAAUGACAUUUUACCACUAUUUGAGAAUGUUUCAUUUCCAAAAUUCAAUGCAUGGUAUAGAGGAAUAAUACUUCCUUAUAAAUACUAUUACAGUCAUUUCGGCUUGGCUUACAGCAGCAAUACUUUUAACGGCUAUCUUGCACCUGAAAGUUUAUAUCCACUGAGAUUGCAUCUCUUGCUUGCUCCAUUAAAGACAGGAAAAGUUCUUAACAAUGAAGGUUGGUUUGAAAAUGUGAUAUUCCCAAUUGUUAAAUAUUACGGUAAUGAUCUCUGUCCAUUAAAUGAGUGGUUGUUUGACAAUGAAAGUGGUUAUUGUUCGGAAACAGUUGCAAGUGUUGUUAGGAAAUAUCAGUUUUGGCGUGUAUGUUUGAAAUGUAUUCACCACCAUUUUGAACUGAAGGAUUACGAGGUGAUUAUAAACUCAUUCUUGAGUGCAUGUUAUUUCUACGGCUUUAAAGAAGAUGCAGACACUGUGUCGACAAUUGAACUUGUGGAAAUAUAUGAUUUGAUAAUAGAUACCUUAACACUAUUUGAUACACCUCCACCCACGCAUGGGUUGCAAUUGUCUGAUAUCAAUUAUAACAAUAUUCCCUUUGACUGUGUUACCUUGAAGGAGUUCCAAACAGCCACAAACCCUAUUUCUCCAUUGUUUCAGGUCGAGGCUAUUGCAUUUUUAAAACAAGUUAUAGAAACUUGUCAGAAAUUAUUACCAAUUAAUAGGCUUACCAUUAAGAAAUACUUUCAACUCAAGUACGAAAAUAAAGAUAUGGAUACAAAAAGAGAAAUUUUGAAAAUAACCAAUAACAUCAAUGGUUCUAACUGGAAACAGUUGUUAAAUUCAAUAGCCCUUUUCCAGAAGAAUUUUAUACGGAAUGAAAGAAUUUCGGCAACUGUGGUUGAAAGACUAUUGCUUGCAAACUUGUUUGAUGUAGUCGACGAGGUGUAUUUUGAGAAAAGGUUAGGUGAUAUUACUGUUAAUGAGCUAUAUGAUGUUGUAUUGGAUAAAUUCUGGGAUUGUUUGAACCAUGCAAAUAGCUUGAAUGAUAAAUCUGGACUGCUUCAUAAUGCUGAGCUAUGUUUGAAAUUGUUUGAUAAGUUGGCCCUCGAAAAGGAUUUAGGGGAAGAUAACCAUCGUGAUAUUGUCAAGUUCAAGCAUUUGUUCAAGGCUAUAAAUGCUCUUAAAAGAUUCAAAAUUUUAAAUCGAAACCAGCCUUACACUCCACAGCAAUUGAUUAUUAACUUUGCAAAUGGCAAUUUAUUGAAGCUAAUAAAUAUUGUAUUGGAGCAAAAUCCAAAGUCAUAUUUGGCCUUUGAUAAGUUAUACCGUAUUUUAAAUGAUAUGAUGUUGUUUUAUAAUGAUGAUAACCACAAGGACGACAAACAACAUUCACAUAAUUAUUACUUCAAUAAGCUCAAAACAGCUUGUAUCGAAAGUGCUUUGAUUGAUAACAAUUUCAACUACGCCUACAAGCAAAGUUUGGAAUUGUUUGAUUACUUGCAAGGGAAAAAGGAUAGCUCUCAGAUAGACGAUUUGUGGUUGACUUUUUAUCAAGUUGGGAAGUAUGUGUCUCCUCAGUGGUUUGAGAACUCUGGAGAACAAAUAGACUUUGAUAUCUUGAUUAAACAAAGAGAAAUUUUGUCCUUGACUAUUCUUAAUUUGCAAUUGAAGGAAAACAGUAAAGUUGUGUUGGCUCAAUGGCUGUCAUUGAACGCUAAAAUUCAGAGACAUAGUUUAGAUAAUAAUAUUGAAACCGUGAAAAAAAGGUUUGACAACGAAAACUGGCAGCUCAAAAACUCGAAGAAACAUUUGGAGAAUAUUGGAAAUUUGGCUACGGAAAUAAUCAGCGAUGCAAGUAAGACUACUAACAAUGCCAGUGAAAAAUUAUCAAACUUAUUUGUCUCUGGUCUUGGGUGGGCUAUUGGUGCUAAUCAACAGCUGUGA